UUUUAUUUCUCUCUCUCUCUCUCUCUCUUUUCAUACUUCUAUAAAUUUCCGCCUACAAUAACCUUAAAACCCACCAACGUUCUAAGAAAAAAAAUGAUGCACACAAAACUCAGCCCCAUGACUUCUCUCCUCCUUUUUAUCUUUCUCUCAUCUCUUACUGUUGGGUCCACUGGUGAAAACCCAUUCACCCCGAAAACCUAUCUGAUCCGAUAUUGGAACAAAGAGAUCCAAAACAACCAUGCCAAGCCAAUCUUUCUCCUAUCCAAGGCAUCUCCAUUGAGCGCAACUGAGUCAGCCAGUUUCUCCAAACUUGCCGCCCAGAACGCUCUCUCCUCUCAGCUCUCGGCCUUCUGUGCCUCUGCGAACCUCCUCUGCUUCCCCGAUUCAUUACCAUCAACGUUUGUCAACGCUGUCCAAAAAAUGACUGGCUUUGGGGGCUAUGGCCCCCAAACAAACUAUGGCGGCUCUGCCAACACCAAGGGUGGCUCCGGCCAAAAAGACGGUGUCUUUCUCCCGAAAGAGCCAGGCAUAUUCUUUCGGGAGUCUAUGUUAAAGAAAGGGAAGGUGAUGCCAAUGCCGGACAUUAACGAUAAAUUGCCCGAAAGGUCAUUUCUGCCUCGAUCAAUUUCUUCAAAACAACCAUUUUCCACGUUGAAAGUCUCUGAGCUGAAGAACUUUUUUCAUGCGGGUGAUAAUUCGACUAUGGAGACUAUCAUAGUUAAGUCCUUGAGUGAGUGCAAGGGUGCUCCAAACCCUGGCGAGACCAAGCGGUGCGUGUCUUCGGCUGAGGACAUGAUCGACUUUGCAGUUUCAGUGUUGGGUAGAAACAUUGACAUUCUAACGACGAAGAAUGUAAAUAGGUCAAAGCAAAAUAUAAUGAUUGGAUCAAUCGAAAGGAUCAACGGUGGGAAAGUCAGGGACUCAGUCACUUGUCAUCAAUCCUUGUUUCCUUACCUUCUUUAUUACUGUCAUUCAGUUUCAAAGGUUCGGGUCUACCAAGUGGAUAUACUUGAUCCGAAUUUUAAGGCUAAGAUCAAUAACGGUGUUGCCAUCUGUCACAUGAACACGUCGGAUUGGAGCCCAACUCAUGAAGCCUUCUUGGCUCUAGGGUCAGCUCCGGGUCGGAUUGAGGUUUGCCACUGGAUUUUCCAGAAUGACCUAACGUGGACAGUUGUUGACUAACCAUUACAGGCCAAGGUGGAACAUCCUCGCUAGAGCUUUGCAGGUCUCAAUUCAACACGUAUAUCAUGAAGCCAAUAAAUGUGUUGAUAGUUUAUAUAUAUGUCUUUUGAACUUGCCCUUCAUCUAAUAUUUUGUGUAUUUAUAGGAAGCCUAAGGAUUAGUUAUUCCUAAACAAGUUUAAUUAUGUAUUAAGCUUGUAAUAUAUGGACUUUCUCUUCGAAUUUUAA